CUACUAAAACACGCAGCAUGAGAAGGUCACGAUUUGCCUAUCACAGCCACUGUUACUGUAAUUUGCAUUUGUGCUGUCAGACUAAAAAUAAUGUGAACACAGCGCGCUUUGAGCCGCGGAGAGCGCCGAGUUCGGAUCAUCCAGAGGAGGGAAGGAUCUGCAACAGCAGAGGGGGAAGUCGCGACGCAGAGAGACAUAAUAGGGAGUUAGGCAUCAGGAGGAGGGAGGAAUGCAUGCAGCUCAGUGCGAGUAUGUGUUGUUUCUAACAGUGGGGUAGGAGGAGAGGAGGAACAGGAGGAGGAGGAGGAAGGGGUGCUUCCUCUUCGGUCUGGGCUGAGCUGCUGAUGUAUCCCAGCAGCCCCGGUCCAUAGCAACAAGAAACCUUGGUAUAAAAAGCCGCGUCGCAGGGGGAACCCUCCUAAGUGUCUCUCAGCCGCAGCAUGACCAGGACCAAGAGCCUGAGAGUGUGGACUUAACAAAACAAUGCCCAGCCUAAUCGCCGAACCACUCAACACACAGCACUUCAUCAUGGACAGAGAUGACAGGAAGAGAAACAAGAACAUUGGAAAGAACUUUAUGUGCCGACUCCAGUGCAUGUUCUCACACUCAUCAAGCUCUGAGAGGCUAAGUUUAGAAGAUACCCAACAAUGGUCACAGUCACUGGAACGGCUCCUGGAGUCUAAAUAUGGUCUGGCUACUUUUCGCAACUUUCUCAAAUCUGAAUACAGCGAUGAGAAUAUUGAGUUCUGGCUCACCUGUGAGGAUUACAAGAAGAUCAAGUCUUCAUUCAGAAUGUCCUCAAGAGCCAAGAAGAUUUACGAGCAGUUCAUCAAAGCGGAAUCUCCUAAAGAGAUCAACAUCGACUAUCACACCCGAGAGCAGAUCAAAAGGAAUGUCAAGACUCCCACCAUGCACUGCUUUGACGACGCUCAGAAGAUAGUUUACGGGCUGAUGGAAAGAGACUCGUACCCGCGGUUCCUCCGCUCGGACAUUUAUAGAACUCUCCUGGAAAACCUCGCCGCCGACGCCACGAAGGGAUGAAGGCGGGCUCAAGGGGGAGAGAGAAAGGACCUAAAACCCAUAACUGGAAUGGCUGAGCUCCUUCAGGAGGAAGGACUGACAAAAGGGGAAGGGAGGAGGGUCGACCCGCACACACACAGAGCCUCUGCAUCGUCACCUGGUUCAGAAGCAAACUGUGCCUCAGCCCCCGUCCUGGGAGGAUCCCAACACCGAGCACUUCACACCUGAGGAGUACACAAGAAGAAGAAGAAACACGAGCAGCCCUAAUGAUAAUGACCCCGUAGCAUGUGUUUGCACUGGAUGAUAAUUCUGUGUUUGUAGGCGAAUGGACCGCUUUUGACAAUGAAUGAAUCAGCGGAGCGACUGACGCCGCUCUGACGCUGGAGCUGUGAAAGCACAGCACGCAGUGGACCUCCUUCGGCCUUCUUUGCAGAGGUGUUUCCUGUGCAGAUUAAGAUAGCGGAUGUAAGAUGCAACGGUCACACCCGAUCAGUUGUGUGUGUGUGUGUGAAAGAGAGAGAGAGAGUAUUUAGUUGUAGCGUUUAACUGCCACUGACACAGAAUAAGCUGUUGCAAUAAGAGUUGGCCAAUUAUCCAAUGACAGCAGCAAGGAAGCCAACAAAUCCAUAGCGGACAGAGGACUCAAUAGUGAUAUGUCAUCCUGAGUAAAGUGUUUUAAGAAGCCACUUUGUUCUGCAAGAGGUGUUCCGGGACACUUUAAAAGGAGAUUUAUCUCUCUCCUUUAUUUUUAGAUUGGACUGAAAAGGGGUUUUAAAAACUGAUACUGAUAUAUAUAUUUUUUUUAUUUAAGAUGCCUAUGGGUUAUAUUGUGCCACUAUUCAAUAUAUAUUUAAGGUUUAUCUUCUUCAAACAAAAAAAAAUUAAGUGUAUGGUAUUCUUAUUUCAAUAUAAAGCCAGGAUUAAUAUGUUUUCAUGAGGAAACAAAACAUAAUCAUGCACAUUCUUUGCGCGGGAUCUGAGCGAAGUCGACGUGACGUCAAAGCACACGACUACCGGCCGUUAGCUUAGCAUCAGCCAAAUUUUCACAGCACUGAAGUGUCAUGAGUUGUGAUUUUACGUAAUAAACUAUUUGAGUGGAAUUACUAUAGAGAUAGAACGUUUCACCUUGCAUGGUAGGAUGUUAAAACUCCUUGUGUACCCCGAGAAUAUGCCUCGUUAUUGCUUCCCAAAGCAUGUUGUUUGAAUGUAUUCUUAGGAGUUCAUAGUUAACUUAAAAGUUAAACCGUGCAUUAUUUAUUGUUCAUUGUCACCAUCUGAGUACAACGUUUGUUGCAGUGUUGAAGUGCUUGGUAAAAUGUUAGAUAUUUGAAUGACAUUAAAUUAUUUAAAUUGCCUACUUGGAAAAAAACGUGACAUUUUUUAGUAACACACACACACACACACACUAGAGCCCUCUGGUUUUACACAUAACAGAAAUGUAUUCUCGUGGGCCGUUUUCACUUGCAGUGAAAUAGAUCUUAAAACAUGGCAUUAGAAAAUUAAUGGGAUGUUUGCAUAAUGACUGUCUGUUAUAUGUUUAAAGCAAUACUCCAACGCAUAAGCAUGGAAACAUAAAGCCUGUGCCAAGUUCUGGUGGGCUGAAAUAUUAUUUUCACUGUUACGGAGAAGCAGCUAAAGUGCAGCUGCUGGCAAGAUUGAAUACUCCAUCCUCCUAACUGACAAAGUAUAUAUACAGUAUGUGUUUCAUAGAGAGAGUUCCCAGGUCUCUCAUAUUCAAACAUUUUCUGCUUUUUAACGCCUGAGUUGCUAUCACCUAGAAGAUGAACAUUCAAAAUGAGAAAGUGAGCACGGACAUAUAGAAAAUAAGAAGAUAUUCCAACCACAGUGGGGAAAUACAGCACUGGCUCGGUGGGUUUGAAUUUCACUUUCUGUUCUCAAACUUCAUGGGACACAUUAAAACUUUUCCUUGAGUUAUCCGA